AUUCUCUGAAGCUGAAUUUAGUUGUACGUUAGUUGCCAAUGAAUGUUAAGGCAUUUAUUUGUUGUUCUUCAUGACGAUCGCAUCGAACCGCAAACCGAAGUGAAUAAAAUUGUCAAACUUUGGACGCCCGUCUGAAGUGAACUUCACAUUGACGACAAUUAUUAAUAAAAUAUUUCUUAAAUUUAUAAAUACCCUAGUGUGUUCAUUUAUUUCAUUCUGACACGACAAUACUAACUGACUGCGAAUAAAUAAUUAGAUGAUUCUCUGUAUAAAAAAAACGUAUAAUUGCUUUUCCGGUAAAUUUUAGAUGAAACAAGCUACAAACAUCAAACAUUUUAAUAAUAAAAUUGGCCAUCGACAUAAUUAAUUGUAGUGUGUGGAAGCAGUUCGUUUUUUUUUUGAGAAAAUAAAAUCAAUUAGCGCGCAAAUUAAAUUCAACUUUGUUGGAUACAAGAAAGAAUAAUUCUUUCAAUAAAAUAGAAAAAAGCACAUCGAAAGCAUGAUGUCAAUGGAAUCGAUAAGUUCGCAGCCACCCAACAACAAUGGAAAUGUCCAUCGUGAUGAUGAUUAUAGAAAACGGAUUCUGCAAAUGAGAGUACCCGCUGAAGAUGAACAGGAAGCAGAAUCAGCGUCUUGUGGAAAAGCAUUGAUAGUUCUAUCUUGGGUGCUCGUCGUUAUAACGAUGCCAUUUAGUUUAUUUGUUUGCUUUAAGGUCGUACAGGAAUACGAAAGAGCUGUUAUAUUUCGUCUGGGUCGUUUAAUGCAAGGAGGUGCCAAAGGCCCAGGUAUAUUUUUCAUAUUGCCAUGCGUCGAUGCAUACGCUCGAGUUGAUUUACGUACCAGAACGUAUGAUGUUCCACCACAAGAGGUAUUGACCAAGGACAGUGUGACAGUCAGCGUUGACGCCGUUGUUUACUAUCGCGUGUCAAAUGCAACUGUUUCGAUUGCAAAUGUCGAAAAUGCUCAUCAUUCAACUCGAUUAUUGGCACAGACAACGCUACGAAAUACAAUGGGAACGCGUCAUCUCCAUGAAAUAUUGAGUGAACGUCAAACCAUCUCUGGAACUAUGCAGGUGCAAUUAGAUGAAGUAACCGAGGCUUGGGGAAUCAAGGUUGAACGAGUCGAAAUAAAAGACGUUCGUUUGCCCAUCCAGUUGCAACGUGCCAUGGCUGCAGAAGCCGAGGCUUCCCGAGAGGCUCGCGCCAAAGUUAUUGCCGCUGAAGGUGAACAGAAGGCAUCCCGUGCAUUGCGCGAAGCGAGCGAGGUUAUCGGCGAUUCACCAGCCGCUCUUCAACUGAGAUAUCUUCAGACAUUGAAUACAAUUUCGGCUGAGAAGAAUUCGACCAUUGUGUUCCCGUUGCCGAUCGAUUUGAUAACAUACUUCUUGAAAUCACAUCAAGAUAGCUAAGUCAUCGUUUGUUGUUUUAUCAAACAAAUUUUUCGAAUUUCUAUUUUCGAGUUUGAUCUGUGUACUUUUUUGUAAAGAUAUGCACCAAAUCACAUGACUUUCUGAGAUUACUUAUUUAUUAACGUAUACUCAUUAGAGAACAAAAAAUAAUGUUCUGGUUUGUUUUCAAAACACUUACAAAAUGAUAAAAUGAAUGAAUUUUUUUUGUAGAAUGCCUGCUGGACAUUGCUUUCGACCAAAUACCUAGCAUGUAUUGCCUAAACUAAUGUCACAAAUGUAGCCAGUGAUCAUUUUAAUAACAAUCGCCUUCACUCAAAGAAUCAUCAUACAAUGACAUUUUUGAUUGAAUAGGUUUCAUGACACUUCAUUUCAUUUCUAUCCAGUAGAAAACAAGACACAUUUGUGAGAUAUAUGGUUGGCUUAGAAUUGGAUGGUUUGAUUUCAUUGCAUAGCUGAUAAUACUGGAGAAUUAGAAAUGAUGGUGCUUUAUUGGUAUUUUCAGUCAAAUCGAAGUAGCCAUGAUGUUACAUAAUUCAUUGAAAUAAAUAAAAAGGGGCGUUUUGUCUUGUGCAUGGUUGAACAGACUUUGCUUGAAAACUAAUUCAUGGAAUAUGCAUAUUCGAAUCAUGGAAUGGACACCAAUACCAAUUUCACAACUAUUGUCUUUUCGUUAAAAACAUUUUAUCCAAUUGUCGUUGUUUGUUUCUUAUUUCUAUUAUUUUCCGACACUAUUUAUACAAACUUAUUAGCGAAAAUUUUACAACAAUUUUGUACAACAUAUUGGCAAUGUUGCCAAAAAUGAAAAUAUGAUUAUACAUAUAUUUUCCAUUGACUUAACAUAUAAAAAUGAAAUAUUUAGUCACAAUAUUUUUUGAAGAUUUUUAAAUAACGAUGAUAAAGCGAUUGAUGCCUAAAAUAGAUUAAAAUAACGAUCUUUUUUUUCUAUUUUCGCUAAUAAACGCAUGAGAUAAAAGCUAACGGUGUCCUUCUCCAAGGGAGAAUCACUUGCAGAUCGUUUUGACACUGCAACCCAUUUUUGGCAAGCGCUAUAGGAAAAGUAAACAUUUAAAUGUUCACAUCUGGACACGAAAUUUCUCGUUAGCUAAUAAUUGAUGAACUACAUUGUUUGUUUGUUUGUUUUUUUAUCCUACAAAAUCGAACCGAACUAUAAUUGCGUUUGGGUCCAAUUUUCUUUACCGGAUAAAUUCUUAAAUUUGACAAAAAUAUGACCAAAGAAAAUGUCUUUUUAAAGAUAAUAAAUAUUCGUAGAUAUAUAGAAAAUAAUGUCUGACACUUCAGAUGUCUCACAUGGAAGUGGAUUCAGCUUAAAGUGGGUUAACAUAAUUUACAACACAUAAUGUAAAAUUAGACUAUCCGCCAAAGUUUACGUAUUGUUCAAACUAUACUAGUUAUUGUAAUAAGCAGGGUCGCAAAUAGCAUAUGAUAAUCAGCGAUUAAACAAAGAGAUCAGCAACGAAACAAUACUAUACUAUAAAUCCACCAAAUACAGUGCAGAUAUUUUAUAUUAAUCGAUUAUUGUUUUUUGUCGUCAAUUUCUCUGGCGGCACACACGGUGCACUAAUUCAAAUAUACAAUUGUUUUGUAUAAUCGGUACAUGAUUUGAAUAUUUUACUUUAAAUUGACAAGGACUUGAACAAUCAACUAGUAUUUUUUGGUUUCAAUGUUACCGAAUUGUUAUUAUACUUGAUUAAUUUUACGAAUAGUAUAAUUGAAAUGUCAAAAUAUAUUAUAUAAUUUAUGAGAUUUUAAAAUCUUAAAAAAUUGGUUAAAUUAUCUAAAUGUUGUAAAGCCAUUAUGUUUACCGUUACGCAUGUAAAGCGGCAUCAAAUCGCAGCACACAUUGAACAAUAUAUUUCAUGGAAUUAAAGCAACGCAAUAUUUACGCCAGAAGUUACUUGUAGGCAAGUUGUAGCAACUAGAAUAAAAAAUAGAUAGAACAAUCACUCAUUAACGCAUUCUAAUUAGAAAAAUGUCUAGUUGGCGUUAGUUCUUUCUAUCUCAUACUAGCCGAUGCUGGUUCGUUCUGGCUUGGAUAUUCCUUUGAUUUAGAGUGUUGUCGGAGUUGCGUGCGGUCAUACUUAAUAUUUCGUUUGCUGUUUUUUUUAUUUUUAUUUUUUUUUUCAAUCGAAAUCUAUAUAUGGUGUCACCUCUUAUGCAUAUAAAAUGCACAUUAUACAAUAUUGUAAUAUACAUUACAAUUUUUAAAGGUAUUUAUUAAAAUUAAGAGCGAAUGAAAACUCACUAAAUGCACAUUUUUCAAAUUAU